AAUCGCUUGUAAAACUAUUGAAAAAUAUACAGUUAAAAUUUCAGGUCAAAAUUAUUAUUCGUUCAAAAGUUACAAGCGAUUUAGUAAGUGCGCUCGGUACAGCGCCCGAGAACAUAAUUACCUGAACGGAGCGGUCGGUUAGGGUCGAGUAGGUAGUCAUUCAUAUACUUCCAAGUUGACAGAAGUUUUAAUAAAAAAAUUAAGCACUUACUAUGGACUAGCAAUUAGGAGAAAUGUAAAUAGCGUUGAAGACAUGAAAAAUGAGAUAUUGGCAACUUAUUUCCAUAUGAUAUCAACAGAUGAUAAUCCACAACAUGACAAAUGUCCAAAGGGUGUAGAUAGCUGGUGUAAGUGGAACGAAGCUAAAGCUCUGGGGACAGAACCUCCAAAACAUCCGACACCUUUGCAUCCUGACGUUCAAAAAGCGAUUUUUCCAAUUUAUCAGGAUUUAUCCCGGGUAGAUUUAUUGGAGAGAUGUUUAGGAGGCCAUACUCAAAAUGCUAAUGAAAGUUUUAAUUCAACUAUUUGGCGUAUGGCCCCUAAACAUUUGCAUAGUGGUUUAAAAACUAUUGAAAUUGCUGCAUACUUGGCUGCUUGCUUAUUCAAUGAAGGCAGUUCAAGUAUUUUAUUAGUCAUGAACGAGUUAGGUCUCAUCGUUGGGAACAAUAGCUUCAAUCACGCACAACAAUCCGACAGUCAGCGCGUAACCCGUCAGAAUCGACGCAGCUCCUUGGACAGUAAAGAAGCCCGAAAAGCACGAAAAGAAAAGCUACAAGCUCAAAAUGAAGCAUAUGAAGCUGAAGAAGGCUUACAAUAUGGUGCUGGAAUAGCUGAUUAAUUGAUAAAAAUUAUGGCCUCCAUGAUGUACACCAGUUGCGAAGUCGGACGACAACCUACGAGAUGUAUCAGCUGAUAUCUUUACUACUUUUUAAGUUUUAUUCUUGUAAAUGUAAAUUUUUACUCUUCAAUAUAUGUACAAAAUAACCCAAAAGUUUGAAUAAAUAAUAUUAAUUUUUUAUACCUUUAAAUAAU